UAAAAAGACUUCCGCCGCCAUGGUUAGGUCCCCAGCUACAGGUCUAAGCAACUAAAAUAUCCCUCGGAGGAACAAUUUGGAUUAAAGAUUUGCUAAAAACUAAGAAGAGAUUGCUCGGUUGUUAAACAUAGCGUAUCGCAGCCGGAAUUAACCGUGCAAGCACGGUGAGAGUCACGAGAAGGGUUACAGCGACACGGAUAGAGCUGCGGCGACGAAAUAAACAGCAGCAAAAGAAAAACGUCCAGCUCCUGCUGACAUUUUAUAUCCCGACAUAGCAGCUAAAAUCGGUGAAUCAGAGCGCAGAGAUGCCGGGCAUGAUGGAUAAAGGCUCGGAUUAUUUAGGGAAGGGUCGCUCAAAUGGCACCAAAAGUCCAUCCACAGCCUCUAACGGACAUUUUUCUGACGAAAGUGGCAGCGACGACGAACACGAUGUAGGAAUGCGUGUUGGAGCAGACUACCAGGCCACAAUCCCCGAUUUUGAGCCCGGUGCCACCAAGUACACAGAUAAAGACAGCGGAGGGAUGCUGGUUUGGUCUCCUUAUCACACCAUCAUUGACUCCAAACUUGAUGAAUACAUUGCUAUUGCCAAAGAAAAACAUGGAUACAACGUGGAACAGGCUCUUGGCAUGCUCUUCUGGCACAAACACAAUAUUGAGAAAUCUCUGGCCGACUUGCCAAAUUUCACCCCAUUCCCAGAUGAGUGGACAGUGGAGGACAAAGUGUUGUUUGAACAGGCCUUUAGUUUCCACGGAAAGAGCUUUCACCGCAUCCAGCAGAUGUUACCGGACAAAUCCAUCUCCAGUCUGGUGAAGUACUACUAUUCAUGGAAAAAGACGCGUUCCAGAACAAGUCUGAUGGACAGACAGGCUCGUAAAUUGGCCAAUAGGAGCAACCAGGAUGAGAGUGAUGAGGAGAUAGAGGAUGCCAAUCCCAUUGAAGCCAACGACAGUGACUAUGACCCCAGCAAGGAAACUAAAAAAGAGGACCAAUUUGCCAUGGGAGACCCUACCAGGGGACAAAAGCCCCCAGACAACAUAGCCCCUGGGAUUCCUGGGACACACAAACCCCUGAACCACGAUAAGAACCAGGCAGAGCCCCCAGUGCCAGGAUCUAAGGUAGCUUUGGGUCGGAGGGAGCAUCAGACCCUGCAGCACCGGCAUCACCAACGCUCCCGCUGUCGUCCCCCCAAAGGCAUGUACCUGACCCAGGAGGAUGUUGUGGCCGUCUCCUGCAGUUCCUCCGCUGCAAACACCCUUCUGCGUCAGCUGGAUAUGGAGCUGGUGUCUCUCAAGAGACAGGUCCAGAAUGCCAAACAGAUGAACAGUGGACUGAAACACAUGUUGGAGUCUGGGAUCGAAGACUUCAGACUACCUGAGUGUAACCAGAAGGUGAAUGCCCGCUGGACUACAGAUGAGCAACUCCUGGCUGUUCAAGGUGUCAGGAAGUAUGGAAAAGACUUCCAAGCCAUCGCAGACGUAAUCGGUAAUAAAACGGUAGGGCAGGUGAAGAACUUUUUUGUGAACUACAGGCGGCGGUUCAACCUGGAAGAGGUCCUGCAGGAGUGGGAAGCGGAGCAGGGAACCAAAGCUCCCAAUGGAGACAGUGCCACUUUGGGAGAGGAGGGAAAGAACAGCUCAAACACUCCAUCAGGAAAGAGCACAGAUGAAGAGGAUGAUGAGGGUCAAGUCACUUCAUUAGGUGCAUCCCCUGCUGCCUCUUCAUCAUCUUCAGCUCAGACUCCAAUGAUAUCUAGUACCUCCUCCUCUUCCCUCCACCAACCCCCUCCCCUUCUGCGCCCCUCCCUCCCUGCCACACCUUCUCUGCACCGUCAGCCCCCACCACUCCAACAGCAAGCCCGCUUCUUGCAGCCCCGAUCCACGCUGCAGCAGCCCCCGCCUCUUAUCCGUCCCUCCCCAAUGCCACCCCGCCUUAACCCCCGACCUUCUGGUCCCUUGACCCUCAGUGGAAACCCUGCAGGGUCAGGUCUAAGCUCUGCCCAGCAGUGCUCCAGCCUGACUGUCCACCAGUCGGACACAACCUCAUCUUCCUCUAUCCACUAACAAAUGACACACUAUUUUUGUUUAAGAAAUGUCUAAGUCUUAACCUAAAGCUGUCUGAAAGACUGCUGCAUUCAGGUCCUGUGGGAAUAUCUGCUCAUAUCCCUCAAAACAUUAACAGUGACUUUCAUUGCUACUGCUAAUAACCAGUUCUUUUAUGACAUAGUGAUAUACAGUCAGGUGAAAAAGAAAGUACAAUCUCCUUCAAUUCUUAGGUUUUAAGUAUUGGGAAAAGGGCUGUCAUGAUACUUAAAUUUAAUAACAACCUCAGUCACGAUAUAAUAAAAAAAAAUCAUCUAGACCUUCAUGUGGCUCUAAGAUGAUUUCAAUAAAACAUUAGAUGAACAACAACAUUUUACAGUUACACAUGACAUACACUACCUUCAAAGGUUUGGACACACCUUCUCAUUUAAUUGUUUUUUCUUUAUUUUCAUGACUACUUACAAUGUAGGUUCUCAAUGAAGGCAUCAAAACUUUGAAGGAACACAUAUAGAAUAUAUAUGUAGUAAGCAAAAAAGUGUAAAAUAACUCAAAACAUGUUUUAGAAUUUAGACUCUUCAAAAUAGCCACCCUUGGCACUCUUGGCAUUCUCUCGAUUAGUUUCAUGAGGUUGUCACCUGAAAUGGUCUUCCAACACUCUGAAGGAGCUUGCAGAGAUACUGAAGACUUGUUGGCCCUUUUGCCUUUACUCAGCGGUCCAUCUUAUCCCAAGCCAUGUCGACUGGGUUUAGGUGAGGUGACUGUGGAGGCCAACGCUCCAUCACUCUCCUUCUUGGUCAAAUAGCCCUCACACAUCCUGAAGAUGUGUUUGGAAGGGAUGGCAUGUUGCAGUAGGAUGGUGUGGAGCCAUGCUGGUUCAGUGUGCCUGCAAUUUUGCAAAAAUCCCUAACAGUGUCACCAACAAAGCACCUGCAAACAAUCACACCUCCACCUCCACGCUUCUCCAUCAGUUCUUAAAGUCAUGAUAGACUGUCAUGUCUCUUUACUUAGCUGCUUGGUUCUUGCCAUAAUAUGAAUUCUACCAGUUGUCAAAUAGGGCUAUCAGCUAUGUACGAACCUGACUUCUGCACAACACAACUGGUGGUCCCAGCUCCAUUAAGAAGGCAAGAAAUUCCACAAAUGAAUCCUGACAAGGCACACCUGUGAAGUGAAAACCAUUUCAGGUGAAUACAUCUUGAAGCUCAUUGAGAGAAGGCCAAAGGUUUGCAGUGCUGUCAACAAAGUAAAUGGCGGAAGCUAAAAUAUAAGACAUAUUAGGAGUUAUUAUCAAUUUUUUCUUUGGUACAUAAUUCCAUAGAUUUUGCUUCAUAUAUUUGAUGUCUUCAGUAUGUAUCUAAAAUGUAGAAAGUAGUAAAAUAAAGAAAAACCAUAAAAUGUGAAAGUGUGUCCAAACUUCUGAGUGGCAUUGUAUAGGCAGGGGUGCACAUAAGUGGUCUGCAGGUGCGUAUGCACUGUCAAAAUAAAAAACGCGCACCAGAUAAGAAGUUGCAACGCGCGAUUGCGUACAUAAGAUUUUCUGGAGGAGGACAGACAAUUGUUUAGAACUCUUAAAGAAGUCGAAACCAAAGUAAUUGCUUAAAGGAGCUUGCUUCUUCAAGCAAUUACUUUGGUGUUCCUCCACCUUCAAAGAAAUGUCAGAAGGAGUCCGAACCGCAAAAGAAGCGCGUAUUCUCGGAAAACCGGUUGCAGGAGGUGAGCUGGCUUCACACAAAUGAUGAACACACAGAGAUGUGGUGCAGAAUAUGCCGUGAAAAUCCCACUCUAGCGGACAACUUCUUAUCUGGUGCGCAUUUUUUAUCUUGACAGCGCAUGUGCACCUGUGGACCACUGAUGUGCACCCCUGUGUAUAGGAAUGGGCUUCAUAGCUGGUAUGAGGUGUUAGGAUAUGAGGCGUUUGCCAUGUGUUGUUGUUCAUCUACGGUUAUAUUUAUCACAUUUUUAGACCAACCUUUUAGAUCUCCUAAUGACAGGAUUAUUUCCCAAUACAUAAAACCAUAGAACUGAAAGGAGGUGUAAUUUCUUUUUUAUAUGAAUGGACAGGCAACACAUUUGUACAAAAUAUGAACUUCAGUUUUUAGUUUUUAAUAUUGUGUGCUGGGUUCAUAUUUGUCUUUCAACCAGUACAUGUAGUUUCAUGUCUACCACACAUACUGGUUGAAGGGUAGGUUUUAAAGUUUUUGUUUUGAAAAGAACAAAGACUUUUGGAGUCUUUGGCUUGAAAGUCAAAUGCAUGUAACAAAGUGUGUUGAUUAUUAAAUGAGAGCUUUGUCAUCAUCACCUAUUUCCCUAAUAGAAAAUGUGGUAUGCCAAAGGAUUCAAUUCUCUAUCCUUUUGUUGUCAGCCCUUUAUUUUCCUUGGACACAACUUAAUUAGCAGCAAAAAUUCAGCAUGGCAGAAGUUAGUCAUCUAUAGAAAUCGACUUGUUGAUAUAAGACGAUUAAGAGUCAUGUUAGCAGCUCUGUGAGGCUGUAUUUGGGCGAAGCUUUGAGCUACACUACACAUUUCCAAAAUUAUUCCGUCACCCAUCCAACGCAUUGAGUUAAGGGGUUCCACAGGUGUAUAAAAGCAAAUACCUAGGCAUGCAGACUGCUUCUGCAAACAAUUGUGAAAGAAGUGGUCACUCUCAGGAGCUCUGCAAUGACAGCAUGCUAAGAUGUUCACAUUGACAAUAUUUAAUAGGUUUACCUUGUAGCUACCAUCUAUCUUAAUUUAGUGUGUUAUUAGGCUAUAUUUUUAAUUUGUUUUGCAGGGAUUUUGACUUUAUAGUGGCUCAAGUUUAGUUGCUCCUUGAGAUAAUAGCUGGCCCUUCAUAAAUGGUAAAUUGAGUGGUUCUUAUCGAGUGCUUUUCUACUCUGAGCGCUUUACACAAUUUCCUUGAUUCACCCAAGCACUUUUUUUUCUAUCCUCUUUCUAUGUAAGUUCUUCUAUCUAACAUUCACACAUCGAUGGAUGUACUGGAGAGCAACUUGGGUUUAGUAUCUCGCCCAAGGAUAUUUGACAUACAAGACUGGAACCACCAACAUUCCGAUUAGUAGGUGACCAGCUCUACCACCUCAGCUACAGCCACCCCAAUUGUCUUAGCCUAUUAGUAAUGGCUAUUAGGCCAGCAUCUUGAGUAAAUGACUUUAUUUUAAAUUGUUGUGUACUGCAAAAGUCCAAAGUAGAACUGACUGUUGGCCUGCAAAUAAAUAAAUGCUUAAGUUAGUGUAAGUACACUAGUCCGCCAUUAUUAGUAAAACCAUUAACAGAUUACAUAAAUAAUCAUCCUCUUAUUACAGUGCAUUACUCUUUUGGUAAAACUGUGGGCUGUGCGUUUUCUUUGACAGGUACUGCCCAUGUACUUGUAUCUAUGUCAGACUAAGCCCAUCAUCCUAUGGCAACGGUAUUUCUUGGUGCAGCUUCCUCCAGCAGAACUCAUACUCAGAAAAAUAUCUGUUUAGGAUUGGCUUAAGAAACAAGCAUCCUUCAACUUCUCUGAAUCCUUUGGCUCUUGUGAGUUCUAGGGUGGGCCUCUUACAUUGGAACACUGUCUACGUUGCCAUAUACAAAUAUAUCCACCAGUGUUUACAGUCUUUGUACCAGUACUCAAACAGUCCUUGUGUUCCCUUUGAAGUUCAAGUUUCACUGAUUUCUGAUUACUGUAUGUCAUUUCCCACUCAUUAUACCUCAGGGCAUUUUUUUUAAAUCAAUUAAUUAAUUAAUUAACUUAUUUGUUUGUUUUCGUUUUUUGGAUGGGGUGGGGGGCAACAAGAUGUUGUUCCUAUUGUAGCUCUAAUAAAACUGUGGCCUCUGGGGGUUCCAGCAGGGCUAUAAACUGAUAGUUUUGUGUUAAACUCUGGUGACUUACGUUCUUUUCCUCAAUGUCACCGGCAAGUACCACUUACAAAUCUGUACUUUUAGCAGACUUACUGCGGCUUUUGGCAAAUAAUUGGGAGAAAACAAAGAACUAUUAAUUAAGAACAAUUUUUCAGCAGAGGAUUUAUCCAGUUUAGGGGUAGCAGGUGGGAAAAUAUCCACGAUGAAAUAUGUCGCUCAGCAUAACAGUACCACUUUGAGUUUGCACAUAGGAAAUGGUUGAGUAUAGUUUCUGACUUGUCAAUUAGCAUAGCGAUGUACUCAUGAUAUCAGUGGUACAUAAUCUUUCUGACAGGCCUUGUAAUUCUGCACAAGACAACAAUGUGUAAAGUUCAGUAUAUUCUUGAAUAAUUUUGUAACCUAGUGUGCAUCCAGUGGACUGUUAGUAACUUGUUCAAUAACACUGAUAAAUCCUGCUGUACACUUACACUUGGUCAUGUAGUUAAUUUAAUGCUUUUUGAAAACACUAAACAAAAUUUUCACAUCAACAUCUUUUACAUUUGUAGAAACAUCUCCAUCAGUCCAAGUAAAAGUUUUCCUUUAAUUGUUCUAUUGUUGUUGUUUUUUCCCAUUAUGUUUAGAUUUUAUUGGGUAAGUAAAAGUAAGCCAUUUGAGUGUCUGCUAUUUAUUCUCUUUCUUCCUGGUGCUACCACUUUGGACUUGGUGUUUAAAAAAAGAAAACUCAUUGUGCAAGUGCUCUUAAUGCUUUUUGGAAUCACAGCAUUCAAUGUAACCAGAAUCAUAGAGUCCUUUGAGUUUCAGUAUGGUAAAAAUAUUGAUGUUAACAUGAAGCUCCUGACAUGUCCUUCUGAGGCCAUUUGCCAAUGUCAUUAAAAAAAUAUAUUUGUA